AUGCCUUGGAUAAACCAGGAGUAUAAGUACUCAUGUUUUCAGAAAUUGGCAAUGAGUGUCUUAAAACAGGGUGUCAUCCCCAGUCACGUUUCUUUUAUAAUGGAUGGCAAUCGUAGGCAUGCAACUGCCCAGGGUCUCCAGAAAACGGAAGGGCACAAGCAAGGGUUUUCGAAAUUGUCCGAAGUAAGCGCUGUUGUCAUAUUCAUCACUAAGGUGCUCCGUUGGUGUUAUGAUUUCGGGAUAAAGGAAGUGUCUGUCUAUGCUUUUAGCAUCGAAAACUUUAAGAGAUCUGAACGUGAGGUCUCAUUUUUAAUGGAUCUCGCAUUGGUGAAACUCAAUGAUCUCGUUCAAAAGAAGGCCACACUAAACAUACUGAUGCCUUACACCACUCGCGACGAAAUAACGUCGGCGUUGAACGCCAUUCGCCGUGGAGUGCAGGCGGGGAUUUUAGAAGAAGAGGACAUAUCGCCGGAGGUGAUCGAUCGGAGCAGCCAGUUGCGAGGCUGUCGGCCGCUGGACCUGUUGGUGCGCACCUCGGGUGAGGUACGACUGAGCGAUUUCAUGCUGUGGCAGGCCUCGCGCUCUGCAGCCCUCUUCUCCUUCUUCGAGGUCAACUGGCCUACUUUCUCUUUUUGGCAUCUCACCAUUGCCAUUCUCCACUUUCAACUCAAUCGUGUCGCCCUCCUACCACUUCCCGAGGCGGUGCGAUGCCAUUUGAGUGGAUUAGACCCACACAACACAGUCAACGGCCACAGUGGCAUUCAUCAGCCUGUCACAAUCGACGUGGUUGAGGAAGAGAAUCGUAAGCGCCGAUUGGAGAAAUUUUAUGCGAAGUUGGAAAAGGAAUACAUGGACGAGCUCUUCGAAAUGGCUAGCCUGCCUGAGGCAGACGAAACAGCUGCUUAG